AUGAUGGCGCGAGUCACGGACAACGGAGCUGUCUCAGAGGCAUUCUCAGUGACCAAUGGGGUGAAGCAAGGCUGCGUACUGGCGCCUACCCUCUUCAGUCUUAUGUUCUCUGCCAUGCUGAUGGACGCCUACCGCGGCGAACGCCCCGGGAUCCGCAUCGCCUACAGGACGGACGGUCACCUCCUGAAUCAACGGCGGAUGCACUUCAAAUCGCGCGUAUCCGCAACCACCGUGCACGAACUCCUCUUCGCCGACGACUGCGCCCUGAACACCACCUCGGAAGAGGAGAUGCAACGGAGCAUGGACCUGUUCUCCGCCGCCUGCGAGAACUUCGGUCUGGUCAUCAACACACAGAAGACGGUGGUGAUGCAUCAACCGCCACCCAACUCGGCCACAGCCCCCAACGCGCCGCCGCAAAUCAGCGUGAAUGGGACCCAACUGCAAGUGGUGGAGAACUUGCCGUACCUGGGCAGUACCCUCUCCCGCAACACCAAGAUCGACGACGAAGUCGCCAAAUGGAUCUCGAAAGCCAGUCAAGCCUUCGGUCGCCUCCAAAGCACAGUUUGGAAUCGUCAUGGCCUCCAACUGAGCACGAAGCUGAAGAUGUACAAGGCCGUCAUCCUGCCGAUGCUACUGUAUGGAGCGGAGACUUGGACGGUGUACGCAACGCAGGCACGUCGUCUGAACCACCUCCACCUCAGUUGUCUUCGUCGCAUCCUGAGGCUGAAGUGGCAGGAUCGAAUCUCCGACACUUAUGUGCUGGAACGGACGGGAAUCCUCAGCAUCUACACCAUACUGAGGCAAAUUCAGCUGCGCUGGAGCGGCCACCUGGUGCGCAUGGACGACGAACGACUACUCAAACGACUCUUCUACGGAGACGUCGCGACGGGUUCUCGCCGUCAAGGAGGCCAGAUUCGCCGUUACAAGGAUACCCUGAAGUCCUUCCUGAAAUGCCUGCAAAUCAACCCCACCAACUGGGAGGAGCUCGCACUCGAUCGACCGACCUGGAGGAGGACAGUGAAGACAGGCGCUGCGAUCUACGAAGCCAACCGCAUCGCUGCCGCCAAAGCGAAACACGAAGCCCGCAAAUCACAACUUCGCCCAGUAAGCAAUGCCGCCGCACAACCGCUUCCAACGUGUCCUCGAUGUCAACGGACAUUCCGGGCUCGAAUCGGACUUGUUGGACAUCUUCGGAUUGACUGCGCCUCUCAAACUGCACCAACCAUCGUCCUCCCGCCUGCCUCUUCCUCCUACUCUCCGCCGCCAACUAACCCUGACAAUUCUUCUGACCCACCACUUCCAUCAUCCUCCUCCUCCCUCUGA